AUGGCCACGGAUCGCGUCUUCGUCCUGCCGGGCGAUCACAUCGACCCCUCGCACAUCCCAUCGCAUCCCAAGAAGCCUCUUCGCCUGGGUCCUGGGCUUCGUCAUGUCCCGCCGAAUGGCAUCCUCCCUACCCUCGCGGGCCAGCUCGUGACCGACAGACAAAAGAAUGCCAUCCACGUAGAGACGUCCGAGGGGAGGUACGUCCCGCGAGUCGGCGAGCUUGUCGUCGGCACCAUCAACAAGAGCGCCGCAGACAUCUACUACGUCCUCCUCUCCGACUACACUGCCCCCGUCCUCCUGCCGCAGCUCUCGUUCGAGUCCGCCACCAAGAAGACCCGUCCCAUCCUCGCGCCCGGCGCCCUCGUCUACGCGCGCGUCAGCCUCGCCAACAAGCACAUGGAGGCCGAGCUUGAGUGCGUCUCGCCCACCACGGGCAAGUCGGACGGCUUGGGGCCGCUCACUGGCGGCAUGGUCUUCAACGUCUCCCUCGGCAUGGCUCGCAGGCUCAUGAUGCCCAGGUCUGCUGAGCAUGGAAAGGUCGUUGUCCUGGACGAGCUGGCGAGCCUCGGUCUCCAGUUCGAGACGGCAGCCGGCAGGAAUGGCAAGUUGUGGGUCGACAGCGAAAGCGUCAAGACGGUCAUUGCAGUGGGAAGAGCAGUGCAGGAGACGGACGAGAAGAGGCUAGCCAUAGAGGACCAGAAGAAACUGGUCAGAAAACUGGCCAGAGACCUGAGUUGA